AUGGCAAAUCCUCGUCUUCUCAACCACCCAUAUUCCGAAGCUGAAUUCCACAACACCAUUGUUCCAAACCUCAAACACUCUCUCUCUCUAACCCUCAAACACUAUCUCCCCGUCGCCGGAAACCUCCUCUACCCUCUCCACACCGACACCUCAAAGCCCGUUUUCCGUUACACCUCCGGCGACUCCAUCCCACUCACAAUAGCCGUCUCCGGCCUCGACUUCAACGAGCUCGUGGCAGAUCACGCCAGAGAAUCCGAUCCGUUCUACGCCCUCGUACCGCCCGCGCCGCCGCUGCAUGACGAAGAGAAUUACAAAAUUGUCCCUCUCGUCGCCCUGCAGGCGACACUCUUUCCCGGCCGGGGCAUCUGCAUCGGCAUGAACUAUCACCACUCUCUCUGCGACGGAAGAUCGAUCUUCGGAUUCUUCAAUUCCUGUGCCGUGAUCAACAAAUCCGGCGACGACGAGGUGUUCGUUUCUAGAAACACCGAAUCCCUGCCGGCUUUUGACAGACCGGUUUCCGAAGAUUCUAGAAGAAUCGAUGGAAUCUUCUAA